GCCCACUUGCAAGGAGGAGUUGUGCAGACAGGAUGACGAGUCGGUCCAUCUAAACAAUGGAUGCCUUGUGACUUUCUUCCGGCAGGUUGCCAUGCAUGCUCCGGAUAAUGAUGCCUUGAUGAACGUUGUUUACAAGUCGGCAGGCAUCCGUGGGGUUAUUGCUUUGGUAGACAGAGAUGAGAUACCACAGAACUCCCCGCAAUAUGUCGUCUUUCUUGACCUGCGACAAAUUGCUGAGAGCUUUCAGUUCCUUGUUCUCGAUCGACCUUAUGUCACCAAAGAGGAACUUGCGGCAAUUCCACUUCGCAAGCCACCUCCUGGUUGGCGCCUUCGUGUCCGGGGAGGCAGGAUGCGCAGUAGGAAGGUUGAGAUCCAACCAAACGAUACUUUGACCUUUGGGUUCGAGUAUGAUGAAUGCAUCGAAUCUCCUACAUUUUACUCCUCGUCUUCGGAGGAUGGGGAUGAGGAUGAGGAGGAUCCAUCAGAGGGAGAUGAAGAGGAAGCAACCGAUCGGGAGGAUGCUGACUCCGAGGCCACGACCCGAUCUAGAAGUCAGCGCCGUGGAGGAAAUAAUGGCGACGCAGAGCCCUCCUCUGAUCACUCCUUCGAUGACAGUGCUAUGCCGGGACCCACGGAUUCCUGUGGUACGCUCAAUGCCACACAGUCUGUGGCUGCCAGACUCGUGGGUCAUGCUGUGAGCUGUGCAGACCAUUUGGAGCAUAAAUGGCUGACUGAGCCCGCCCCGUUCAGCUUUGAUAUGCGGAGUCGCCUCGAUGCUCUUCGGUUUCUGACAGUUGAGCUUGGGGAUCCAUGGCCCUUCUUGCCGUUUGAUGGGGGUGAUGUGCCUGGCAUGCUACGCGAUUUUGUUGACCUUGGACAGGCCCAGGUUGAUGUCUACCGAUGGACCUGGGUUUUAGUCUUGAAGCCUGGCUUCAUUCCGGAACAGCUUCAGCUACGCCUUCGCUUUCCGUCUACGCUUGAAGAAGUUGUUGAGACAGUGCAGGCUGCGCGUGUCCCUGGUGACCUGCAAGCUUUCCCACAGCUCUUUGGGGCCGCGCCUCAACCGGCCUUUGGCGUGUGUGCCUUCUUGGCGGCUCCGUUGUGGUUUGAGGAAGGACUCGUUGCUUGUAUGGAUCUGACUGACGUUGAUGGGCGUUUCUUUGCCCUUCGCCUCCCGAGUUACUUGGAUAGGCAAGCUGCUCUGAUGAUGGCGGACUUGCCGCCCAUGUCUGAUGUCCAGGUUGGGACGUCAUUCCCGCACAGUGAAACCCUUCCUGAACGUCUGUUGUCCACCAUCCCCUGGCAAACUGACAAUGAGCAGGGCUUUUCCCAAUCAGGGGACUGCUACUGUCUCGCUUUGCGAUAUGGUUUUCGCCUGUACUUUGCUGACCCGCGACGUCCGAUGCAGUACCGGGAUAGGCUUGCUGAGGCGGUUGGAUGCCGCACACAGGAACUUGCGAUCUUCCCUGCAGAACCCCGUGUUCGUAAUGCUGCUGUUGAUGGGCACCACUGCCGUACUGUCCUGGUGACGGUUCCGAGGACCUUUCUUGAGGAGGUUGACGCUAGCUUUUGCUUUUUAGUCGAUGGGCGCCAGCUUCUUCAAGGUUGGUACUGCUUCCGAGCACCUGACACCAGGGUUCUCGCAGCUGACGUCUUGGACGCUCUGAACGAGGAAGCGCCACAAGGCUGGUGCGCUGAGGUCUCGGGCAUCAGUGUCGGAUACCUUCUUUUGGAUGUAGCUCCGGGCAAGGUGCUUGAAGCAAGGUACAUUCCUGCCCCGGUUCCCGUUGGCGGGAAUGCUGAGGACAUGGCUUGGGAACAAGAUUUUGUGAUCGCCGAUCCUGGUUGGUAUGGGAGGUUUCAGGCAGGUGUUGAGUCGUCCACUGUUGAGGAGGUGGACCGACCCAUGGAACUUUCUGCCACCCAGGUGGUGGUUUUCCGUCCUGACUAUGUUCCGAUUCACAUUGACGUGUGGCUACGAGUGCCGGCGACAACCGAUGAGCUGUUUGCUGCUGUCAGCGAGCAGUGCCAGGAUGCGGCAAUACUUGGGUUCGUGCGACUUGUGGAAGUUGUCCCACAACCUGAUACCUCUUUCGUCUCGGUACUUCUUUUGCCGGCAUGGCCAAUGACGGAACGAGCUGUGCUGAUAGAUGGAAGACUCAAGGAUGGUCGUCUCUUUGCACUUAUGGUUCCGUGCCACAUGAACCUUCGUUCUUUGCUUGCUGCUGCGGAUUAUGACCCGAAUUGCAAUGUUCUCAUGUAUGCUGGAGAGUCACCAUGGGCCCUCGAGCAUGAGGAAAGUGUGCCAGUGCAUGAAGGGGAACUUUUCGUGGUUGCUGACCCCAAUCAUGGUGUCCUGAUCACCGCCUUCUUGUCGGACAUGCUUGUCUCGCCCCUCGCUCCGGGGGAUAUGCCACCGCUCGGCAGUGAACAUGAGGUUGUUUUGGUCUUGUCUGAUCGGGAGCCUGUCUUCCUGCCUUUUGUAAGGAGUGACCGUGGUGCUCUGAGACGACAGGUCGCUGCAGCGCUUGGCAUCGAUGAUACCGAUCUUUUCAUGUGCAGGACUGACCCUCCUCUCCAGGACAGCUGUGAGAGGGGCCGACGAGCUAAGAUUGUAUGUGUGGCUUAUGCUUUCCGUGAUGGAAGCAGCCAAACAGAUGCUUUCAUGCUUGGGGUGCUUGACAUGAGGCCAAUCCUGCUUGGCCUUCAGGGGCUUGAGAUUCAUGAGUGGCAUCUGGAUGUUAAUCGUUUGGUUGAGAGGCUUAGUGGAUGGUGCCCAGCUGACUUGGCUAUCUGCAUUAGCGGGGGAAGCCCGGGGAUUGCCCUGCCUGCUGGUUUCCGCGAGGUCCAGGAUGGGGAGGUUUUAACCGUCACUUUCGAAGACACUCGUACGGAACCAUCUCUCGAUUGUGUGCGUGAGGAGUGUGAAGGUGGCAGUCACCAUGCUUCCAUGCCUCCCCUCGUGACCAUUAGCGAACACAGCCCUGCCUUUCAUCAUCUUGAUGCCGGGCGAAGCUUGAUGCCAAUAGGAGCAACGGUGGGCACCUGCGGGAACCCCGGCCUGCCUAACACUGGUAUGAAGGAGGAUUCGGAAGCUGCCUCUUCUGUUCCCCCGAGGAAGCAGGCCAAACAUGACCCCUUCUUCGAGGCUCGGCACUGCCUUUCCCUGCCGGAGUUGCCGGCGAAAACUUUUUCGGACCUUGGCACUGCGUACCCAAGGCGUUUCGUUUCCAGCAGUGGCUCGAACAAGGUACUUGGGGCAGAUCCCUUGCCCCACAUGAGAUGGGGGUUGGUUGUUAGUCUCUUAGGGACUGAGCAGCAGAUGCCUGGCCAAUUCACAGGCUGUGCCUAUGGCCCUCUUGAUCAGGAGGUCAUGUCUUGGGAAAUGCAGCAGAAUGCGCCGCGACUGCCUCCCUCUGCCCUGAUUGCCCCUUUCACGUGCGAUUUGAACACUACGCCCGAAUGCCAGGAUGGAGAAGUCCGGACCUUCCCUUUCGUCUGCACGUCCUACAACGCGCUCUCGCUGCUCACGCCAGACCGACAGGAGAACGGGACGCAGACAGGCCUUUACGGGGCGGCUGGGCGUGUGGCUCUGCUUGAUGCCUCUUUUGAGGCGCACUAG